CGAUACCUGAUUUCCCUAGUAGGUUAUCCCUAAGCGCUCUUGUACAGUUCAGCAUACCCCACGCGUCUCCAGGAGUAAUAUCUUAUAAAUUUGAUAACCCCUCUCCUUCCCCUCUCUACCCCUCAUACAAACAUACAACCCAUUAUCCUUCCCUCCUCCCUCCGAAACAAAAAAGCAAAACUAAAACCGCCACAAUGUCCCCCAUUGUCCUCCCAGAACCAACCCCCGCCACCACCGCGGCCUCCCCCCUCUUCACCCUCUCCCGCCGCACAAUCGCCAUAACCGGCGGCGGGCGUGGACUCGGAAUAACCCUUGCAGCCGCCGUCCUCGAAGCCGGCGGAGACGUCGCCUGCCUGGACCUGCUCCCAGCCCCCAGCGCCGAGGAAUGGGUCCACAUCCAGAAGCUCGCGGCCGCGCAGGGCCUGCAGGCGACGUACACGCAGUGCGAUGUCACCGAUGAGGUCGCGACGCAGGCGGCACUCGAGAAUAUUGCGGCGGUCGGCUUGGAGAGGGGGAUGCCGCUGCGUGGAGCGAUUACCUGUGCGGGGAUUCAGCAGAUGGUUCCGGCGCUGGAGUAUCCGGUUGAGAUGUGGAGGAAGAUGCUGGAUGUUAAUGUCGUUGGAACCUUCAUCCCCGCAAAGCACUGCGCACGCAUCUUCAAGGAGCAGGGGACACCUGGAAGCAUUGUCAUGAUUGCGUCCAUGUCCGGACAGAUUGCGAACCGGGGCCUCACAUGCACAGCCUAUAACUCGUCCAAAGCCGCCGUCCACCAAAUGUGCCGUUCCGUCGCCCAAGAAUGGGGCCAGUACGGUAUCCGCGUCAACACACUCUCUGCAGGCUACAUCCGCACAGCGAUGACAGACGCCCUCCUCGUCGCCAAGCCCGAAGUCGAAGAGACCUGGAUGCGCGGCGCCCUGCUCAACAGACUCGGAGUCCCCGAUGACUUCAAGGCCCCGACGGUGUACAUGCUUGCGGAUGGGAGUGGGUUCAUGACGGGGGCGGAUCUGCGGGUUGAUGGCGGGCACUGUGCUUCGGCGUGAUGGAUGCGAGAUGAAUGAAUUAAUGAUUAGAAU